GAAACUUCUCCAAAGUUGAUGCCACAUCCGAUUCCCCCCCUCCCCCUCCCCCUCGUAGGCCUUCUCGCAGCUCGGCUCGGCUCUCCCGCUCUCUGGCCUUGGCUUCCCAAACGGGAAAGGAGAAGUACAUUCCUCUCUUUUCAAGUUCCUUCAGAAGCUGCUUCGGGAAGCCUUCUUUGCAUUUAAUGGAAACAUCGGCAAAUCUACAACACUUUUCCAUGCCUAUUACCGUAUUCUGGAUUUUGUCAUCAUAAUCUGCCGCGAUGGGACGUGAGGAGAAUAGAAUUUGACCUCUCUAUGACACCCCAAAGUGUGCUCUGCUCUUGUAUCCAAAUCUACGCCCGAGUGUUUUCUGACCUCUUUCUUUCCUCUUUCCUCUUGCGUCGUCCGGCCCUCGCCCCUCGCCCCGCGCAUCGCCCUCACCUAUGGCAGUAAAUGACAAGUAGUAUGAUUGGAAUUCGCUAGCGGUAGACAUGCAGCUCCACUUAAUGCAGCCCAAACAGGAACGAGUCGCUCUCGCUUUCAGGUCAGUUGUACAUACAUUCACAAGGAACGCCCUCCCCACGCGGACUCGGAUGAUUCCCUCCCAGAAGAGCAAGCCUCGCAUCGCUUUGUUUACACGGACGGGACGGUCGUGCACCAUGCCCAUCUAACCUGGGAACUGGCCUCCGUGGGGCGGACGAGGAGAGAGAAAGGUAUCUCGAAAAUUCCCAACAGGCUUCCUCUUCAUAAAUUACUGGAUGUUGCCAAGAGGAAUAUUAUCUGCUGUGCAGUUAAAAUUCUCUUACUCCAUUCAGCAGGCCACACGGUUCGGCUCUGGAUUCAAAAAACCCAUCAGGAGGGCGAGCGCGCGAUCGAGAUGCCCUCGAACGAGAAAAAGGGCUGAGCGAGAAUGAGCGCGAGCCGGAAUCAGCAGUUACUGCCUCAUCCUAGCACUACGGUAUGCUACCCCUUCGAUAUGCAUAAGCUACCUUUUCGGCUUUUAAUUCAAAAGGGUCGCUAGCGGAGAAUGAGAGCAUUCCCGCAUCUAGCCCAAUGACGAAUGGCGAAUGACGCUAAUGCUGUCCUUAAAAAAGAUCUUCCUUUUGGCUCCAAGUUCGAAAAUCCACUAGUGCCAAGCGAUGCUGCCAAGGCCAUGCUGUCAUCCAGCCCAGAGCCUCCUCCUUGGGCCUUCCCUCCUUGGGGCCUCGCCUUUCCGGCUCCAAAUUCAAGAGCGCUCGUAAGCUGUUGCGGGGCGAGCCCCCGAUGAUCAUCAUGCAUGGGGUAAAGCGCAGUCCGGCUUCCCGAUGCGAUGCGGUUUCCCCCAUUUUCAUUUCCAUCGUCGAGAAGAGAAGUCAAGGGAGUCUGGAUUUCUGGACCGGAGCAGGCAAAGCGAAGUUGUCCGGGCUUACCAAGAAGGCCAAAUCAAUUCCCUCGAGCCUUUCUCCAUGUCCGGGCUCGUUUCUUUUGUUUUUCUUGUCUUUGUCACCCAACCGGAAAGCAAAGGGAAGGAAAGGAAUGGAAAGGCAAGGAAAGUGGUGUUUGUUUAGAUCGAUGAGCGCUUCUACUUUCAGCUUCAAGAUGAUUCUGGUUUCUUGCUCUUCGUGUGACACCACCAACAUCGGUUUAAAUCUCGAGAGGCCGAGUUGCGGUGGAGGAGUCGUUCCCUCUCCUGCUCUCUUGAUUCCGGGGGCGUCCCCCAUUCUCUUUCGCUUCCCCCAUUCGCGAAUGCGGUCUCCGACUGUGGGAAUGGCAUGGGAUGCAGUAAAUGCGCUGGCUGAUGUAGAGGGUGCAACCUCGGGCAAGCUAGACCUAGAGCGAACGUGGUGCUCCGGCGAGAUGUGAAUCCAAUCGCAAACGACGCCGAUUCGAAAGAUCCGAUAAAUCUCUCUCGGCGAGUGAACAGAGCGUAUGAGGAGCGUACGUAGCUCGCCUGGAAUACAGCGAGCGGAUUGAACACGUCCAUCAUCCUCGUUGUUCAACAAUGAUAAGCCAUCUGAAAAGCGAAGGUGUAUGAAGCGGAUGACAAAAGGGCCCGAGACCCACCACCGAUGCUGCGCGAUGUUGACAUCCGCCUCACCGCUCGCCAGAAGCCGAGCACUGGCAACCGCAGUUGGGCUUGAGCGGCGAAGAAGUUACUGCGCACAGCUGUGACGUCGACUGUUUCCCUCCUGGAAAAAUUGCCUUGCUUGGUUGGUGAGGUACCACCUCCCUUUUGUCGCAAGGAGGCGAUGGCGAUUAAAUUUUUGUAUUCACUUAGGUCCUUUGCAUUCAAUAGCGGCGUCACUCAUGUAGGGACAUCUACAAUGAUUCCAUGUGACACUUAAACCACAUGCUCGAUGCAUAAAGACGAAGCCAGCUCCAUCUGGCCAAUGGCACUCCGUGGAGUGGAGGCAGGCUGCCCUAGGGGGAACUCAAACAUCCAAUUUUGCACGCACCCUUUUACGUCGCAUGUCGCAAUGGGUGAAAAUAACUCCGGUGUCGUUGGCUUCUUUCUUUGCUGCUCAUGUCUUCCUCCAUCCCUCCAUAUCUCCCUCCUCCCUCGCUUGCGAAUUGCCUCCACGCUACUCCGAUCUCUCUCUCUCUCUCUCUCUCACUUGAAGCAAAUCUUGCUUUGUAUGAUCGAUGCGUCUUGUAUCUUUCUUGCAUCUUGUCCGCGCACCCG